AUGUCGAGUUUGACAGCUAUCAACACAUCUCCGUGUAUCAUCACUCCACCCCGUAUGAGCUCUGAGAAGCCGCUAUGGAGAAAGACACGAGCUGGACGGAAGCUUAUGCAUCUCUCUGCAGUGACACAGACGUCCUCGAGAGAUCUCAGGUGGAUUAACAUCCAGACCUUGUCCGAAGCCUCCAAACUACUACAGUUUGGAAACAAAAACAGAAGCGCUGCAGCCACAAAGAUGAACCAGUCAUCCAGCAGAAGCCACAGCAUAUUCACCAUGAAGUUACUGAAGAUCGAUGACAGUGCAGUCAAAAGGAUUUCAGAGUUUUCUCUGUGUGACCUGGCUGGCUCUGAAAGAUGCAACAAAACCAAGACGUUUGGAGAGAGGCUGAAGGAGGCAGGGAACAUCAACAACUCCCUGCUCAUUCUGGGGAAGUGCAUCACUGCCCUUCGCAACAAUCAGACUGACAGAAUGAAGAGCGGCUACAUUCCUUUCAGAGAGAGUAAACUCACCAAGCUUUUCCAGGCGGUUUUCCUCGGCAAAGGAAGAGCGUCGAUGAUCGUCAACAUUAACCAGUGUGCCUCCACCUACGACGAGACUCUCCAUGUUAUGAAAUUCUCUGCUGUAGCCAAACAGGUGGUGCAGGUGAUCCCAGACAAGCCUCUGGAAUCUCUGGCUCCUUGUUUGGUCGGCCGUGAUGGCAAGCCUCUGUUGAGGAAUGUGGUGCUCAACAACCAGGCCCUGGAGAGCUACCUGUCCGAGGAGGAGCUGCUUGAUGACGAAGACGAGGGUGACAUGACUGUGCUGCCACAGAAUGAGCUUGUAAAUAUGAUUGAGAGCCUGCGAACAAAACUCCUGGCUGAGCGAAGACGAAACCUGGUUCAGGAAAUGGAGAUCCGGAAGGAAAUGGGAGACGCCAUGUUACAGCAGCUCAUGGAGAGUGAAGAACUGCGCAGUCGACAGAUAGAAGAGCUGAAGGAGAGCUACCAGGAAAAACUGGAGAACACUUUUGAGAUGUACAAGGACGCUAUCAAAGAACAUGCCUACCAGAGUGCUAUGAACAAUCUGGAAGAUAACUACGUGCCUCUGGAUGAGUUCAUUGCUGAACAAGAGAAAGUGGAGGUCCUGAGACGCAAAGUGUCGGAGCUGGAGACCUUAACGUCCAGCAUCAGAGGAGUGUUUGCAGCUCCAGCAGUGGAUCAGUCAUGCCAGACUCAACCAUCUAAAGGGACAGAAGCAGCAGGGGACGAUCGAUUCAAAUGGCUUUACAAAGAAAAAUGUGCCAUUGAGAGGAUGUGCGAGGAUAAACAACAGUUGAUUUUGUCCUUAGAGAAAAGGCUGAUGGAGCUCAAUAAAACGCUUCAGCAGUUCAGAGAUGACUUCAUGGAGAAAUCAGCGAGUUUGGAGGCUCUGCAGAGGAAGGCUGAUGAUCAGACAAAAUAUAUAGAUGAGGUCCUCCGGCAGAACAUUGAAAAGGACAAGGAGAUUGCUGACAAGGACAGGGAGAUUGCUUCGCUGAAGGCAGAACUUGCCAAACUCUCCCAGAAGUCCCCUGUGCAGAUGAAAACCAAGCGGGGCCUGCUUGCCAACAUCAGGGAAGCGGUGACCUCUCCAAGGAAGGGAACAACCAGCCGAACGCUCAGGAAAACGCUGCGGAGUGCACAUCACUGAAAAGCCCAGCAUCUGCACUAAAGGAGAUUUUUUAAAAACUUGUACAGUUUUAGGGUACAUGGUAAAAGAAACAAGUGUUUCGUCAUUUUAUUCAGGUGGAGUGUUUCUUGUAUUUUUAUGUGUGUUUAUAAAAUAAAAUUGCUCAAAACUUCUAGGCAUGAAA